GUGUUAGGAAUAGCAAAAAUCUUCCUGAAGGAAAAAUCCACCAACUUUAUAUAAGGCACUAACAUGUAUCAACUUUUCGCAGCAAAACUAAACGAUAUCACAGAAGUUCCUCUCAUCUUUUCUCUCGUUUCUGCAAUAAUUACAAAUUGACUCUCUUUUCAGUGUGUAAUUUAUAUAGUCUUCUUCCAUUCUGACAUCUCUCUCACUCAAGGAUCUUGAAGUGAGCUUAGGUUCUGUCAAGCAAAAUGGAAGUAGAAAAGAAACAAGUAUUAGUUGAUAAAGAUCUAUCUAACGAAAAGAAGAACAACCUGCCCAACUUCUUCUUGUCCAUCAAGCUCAAAUAUGUAAAGCUUGGUUACCACUACUUGGUCUCCAAUGCCAUGUACCUCUUGUCCAUACCAUUCCUUGUCAUGAUUUUAGCUCAUCUUUCAACACUGCGUGUCGAAGAUCUAUUUGAGCUUUGGGACCAUCUGAGGUUCAAUUUCCUAACUGUAGUUCUAUGCUCAGCCUCUAUAAUCUUUAUGAUUACUCUCUAUUGCAUGAGCAAGCCAACAAAAGUCUACUUGGUUGAUUUUUCUUGUUACAAGCCCAAACCAUCUCAUAAAGUUACUAGAGAGCAGUUCUUGCAGCUAUCUGCAGCAUGUGGAUGCUUCACAGAAGAAAGUUUGGCCUUUCAAAAGAAAAUCUUGGAGAAAUCCGGUUUUGGUCAAAUGACAUAUGGACCUAAAGGCUUAAUGAAGAUUCCUCAAGACCAGUCCAUGGCCGAGUCAAGAAGUGAGACAGAAAUGGUGAUGUUUGGAGCCAUUGAUGAGCUCUUAUCAAAAACCGGGGUUAACCCUAGAGAUAUUGGAGUACUUGUUGUAAAUAGCACUUUGUUCAAUCCCAUUCCUUCUCUUUCUUCAUUAAUUGUCAAUCGUUACAAGCUCAGAGGGAACAUUUUAAGCUAUAAUCUUGGUGGUAUGGGCUGCAGUGCUGGACUCAUUUCUCUAGACCUUGCCCAACACCUUUUGCAGGUACAUCCCAACUCUUAUGCCUUAGUGGUAAGCACAGAAAAUAUCACCCGCAACUGGUACAUGGGCAACGAACGAUCCAUGCUUGUCACAAACUGCCUAUUCCGUAUAGGAGCAGCUGCAAUUCUCCUAUCCAACCGAUCAUCCGAUCGCCAAUGUUCAAAGUAUCAGCUCAUCCACACCGUUCGGACCAACAAAGGUGCAGAUGAUAAGUCCUAUAACUGCGUGAUGCAACAAGAAGACGAGAACCAAGUUGUUGGCGUCUCCCUAUCGAAAGACCUCAUGCUGGUUGCCGGUGAAGCCCUUAAGGCUAAUAUCACUACACUUGGGCCAUUAGUUCUUCCUGUCUCGGAACAACUACUAUUUUUGGCAACCUUAGUUGCAAAGAAGAUCUUUAAAAUAAAGAUAAAGCCAUAUAUUCCUGAUUUCAAAUUGGCAUUUGAGCACUUCUGUAUUCAUGCAGGAGGACGAGGUGUCUUGGAUGAGCUAGAGAAACACCUUGAGCUCACUCCAUGGCAUAUGGAGCCUUCAAGAAUGACUCUUUACAGGUUUGGUAACACUUCAAGUAGUUCUUUAUGGUACGAAUUGGCUUAUUCUGAAGCAAAAGGAAGGAUGAAAAAAGGAGAUAGGGUGUGGCAGAUAGGAUUUGGUUCAGGAUUCAAGUGCAACAGUGCUGUUUGGCUUGCUUUGAGGACAAUCCAUCCUAACAAAGAAAAGAACCCUUGGAUCGAUGAAAUUAAUGAUUUUCCUGCUCAUAUACCUAAAGUCACACCUAUAAUUUAUUGAAAAACCUUUUCUUUAUCAAGGGUCGCCAUAUAUAUGUAUCUUUUCUAGAAGGUAAUGCAUGCUUUGGUUUCAGGUUAUAAGUAUGUAUGUUAUUUCCACAUCCUUUUGGCAGAAAAAAGAAAAGGUUGUCUGCACUAAUAUUAAUAUUAUGAGAAAUUUUAGUGAA